CCUGGGGGAUUCUCCUGAAGAGAUCAACCUUCUGCCACGUACUUCCAUGACUCCUCUGCGCAGAAACAUUUUCCAGUCUCAGAUUGACUUUGGCAGACCCAGUACAGGUGCAACACACACCACACUUGAACCUACAAUAACACCAGCCACACCCACACGCAGGCCCACCAGACACAUUAACACCACUUACAAAAUUAAAAACUGGAGCCUAGCAGUGAGGGAAAAAUGGCUCAUUCUGGGUGAUUCUAACGUCGCUAGAUUCCCACCCUUUAAAGUAACGGACCUGCAGAUAGAUAGCUUCCCGGGAGCCUCCUUCAGACACAUACAGGGCGUCCUUUCCAAAAUGGACCCAGUCCCCAUGGUAGAGACACUGAUCCUGUCUCUGGGCCUAAACAGUAGAACCCAAAGCACACAGACAUCUAUAAAAGACCUGCAGAGGCUCAUCAAAGUGGCCAAAACCAAAUUCCCACGGGCUGAGAUCUGGCUACCUCUCAUUAAUUUUUCUAGAGGCCUACCCCAGCGGGAACAAAUGCACCUACAUGCACUCAACAAAUACAUAAGGUCUAACCAUUUAUUUAUUCCUGAACUCCUCAGGAGCCAAUUCUCCACGGAGAGGGACGGGAUCCACUGGACCCAUGCCACAGCGACUAGGCUACUCCAGCACUGGUCCCAGCAGACCUGAACCCAACCGCGAGACCUGCCUAUGACCCUUGCCCCUUCACCUAGGCCUGCCUCCAGCCAAUGACUUUAGAGAGGACAGGGAUCCGCCUCCUGCACACCCUCCCACCACGGAAUCUAGAGGCAACGUGAAACCUAACAAUUUUUUGGUCUCGCUAUUAUUUAUGUUGUUUUAUUAUUUACCAUGUGCCUGUACAAUUUUGGCCCUCACCCUAACCACAAUUACAGGUCCACCUAGGCCUGCCUCCAGCCUCCAGGUUCAUAGGGUGCAAGCAUCCGCCUCUUCCACACCCUCCUACCAGGUCUUCGAGACCCGAACGGAGACCAAACAAUGAUGCGGUUUCCCUCGCAUUAUGUUUUAUUAUGAUUUGUGAUGUGACUGUAUGAUUUCAGCCUUCACCCUAACCACAACCAGGGCUCAGGACCCUUGCCCCUCCAUCUAGGCUUGCCUCCAGCCUUCAAUUUCACGGGGAACAGGCAUCCGCCUCCCUCACGCCCUCCAACCACAUCUUUGGGAUAUAAAAGCAACACAAACUAAUAGGCAGUUUCCCUACGAUUGCUUUCCUACAUACACACACAUAUAUGGCUGUACAUAUAUAGACAUUUUUUGGUUUUUGAUUAUUAUGAUUUGUGAUGUGACUGUACUGAUUCAGCCCUCACCCCAACCAAAGACCCAGGCAGGACCCUGGUCCCUUCACCUUGGUGGGUCUCCACACCUCAACUACGGAGAAGGAUUGGAGCCACCUCCCGGACACUUUUGGGACCCAGUGUCCUAAUCAAAAAUGGAACCAAACAAUAUGGCAGUCCCUCUACUGUCAAUGCUUCAUGUUGUUAAUGUUUGAUGUGGUUAAUGUUUAUUGUUUACUGAGGGACCGUGCCAUCCCAGCCCUCAUCCUAACCACACGCCUGCUCACGACCGGCCUCACCACUUCAAUCCGGACCCUGACCCUGUCAUGAACCCUAAACCUAACCUAUAGGGGACCCUGGCUUUCAACGGGAACCCAAUUUGACUCUAUUCCACUACGACCUGGACGUGACCCCUGACCCUAACCACACCCCUGACGGGCCCUAAUCCUAACCAAACCCAACGCUACUGGACAUUUUAAUCUGAACCCAAAUUGUCUACAGUCUACCACAAUGGACGUGACCUUUGACCCUAAAACCACAUUCCGCACGGGCCCUAGACUACACUAAAAUCAUUGGUACCCCAACACUUAAUUGGAACCCAAAUUGGCCUUUACCUACCUUGGACUUACCUUGGACUUACCUUGACUCCAAAUACACCCGCGACUGGAACUUGACCUUUGACCCCCAACACACUUCUGACGAUGGGAUGGGACUCUGGGAGGGGGGAUGAUGGACUGUGCCCUUCAGCCUCGCCGUCUCCGACGUUGAGGCUCAACUCCCUUCACC